UCUUCGACUGAAUGAAACACACCCAUCCAGCCGGUCUUGUCUUAGCAGUCGAGUGAUCCAUCGAUCAGAUAAUCGAUCGGUGCCUUCCCCUUAGCUCCUCCAUCCUCCCCCAGAUCGAUUCGAGAUGCCUAAGCUCGCGAUCGGCCACUGCCGCGAGGCAUCCGACCCCCGCUGCCUCCGGGCCGUGCUCGGCGAGCUCGUCCUGACCUUCCUCUUCGUCUUCGUCGGCGUCGGCUCCGCCAUCACCGGCGGAAAGGCAGUCGCGGCAGGAGGUGACACAUCGGCGGCGCUGAUCGCGGUGGCGCUGGGCCAUGCGCUGGUGGUGGCGGUGUUCGCGACGGCCGGGUUCCACAUCUCCGGCGCCCACAUGAACCCGGCCGUCACGCUGAGCCUCUGCGUCGGCGGCCACAUCACCCUGCUCAAGUCCGCCUUCUUCGUUGUCGCCCAGAUGCUCGGCUCCUCCCUCGCCUGCCUCCUCCUCAGGGCACUCACCGGCGGCGAGGUCACUCCGGUGCACGCGCUGGCGGCGGGCGUGGGCCCGAUCCAGGGCGUGGUGUCGGAGGUCGUCUUCACCUUCACGCUGCUCUUCACCAUCUACGCCGCCAUCCUCGACCCGAAGAGCUCGGCGCCGGGGUUCGGCCCGCUGCUCACCGGCCUCCUCGUGGGCGCGAACACCAUCGCCGGCGGCGCGCUGACGGGCGCGUCCAUGAACCCGGCCAGGUCCUUCGGGCCGGCGCUGGCCACCAACAACUGGGAGAACCACUGGGUCUACUGGGUCGGGCCGCUCGCCGGCGGGCCCCUCGCCGUGGCGGUCUACGAGUUCCUGUUCACUGUCCCGGCGACGCACCAGCAGCUGCCCGUGGUGGAGUGAAGCGAUGGAGCCGCGUCGUGGACGGGGACGCUCUCGGUAUGUUGUGGGCCGUUGGAUCAUCAGUUGCUCCAGCAAGCUGUUUCUGUCGUCCGAUGCAUAUACGCAUCAAAUGUUUGGUCAGGUGUGUGUUAUGGCCCACGUGUUUGAGUGUUGGUUUGGUUUGUACGUUUGUGCCGUGCACGUAUUGCGUCAGUGUUGGGUUUGGCUCGGCCCCGUGUAAGGAGCAAAUCAAGUCUGUAAAAUGUAAAUGAAAUCCGUGCACGGAAAUAUAUACGCGUAGCUGUUUGUAUC